AUGUAUUUUGUAGAAAGCGCGUCUCCCUCCUCUUUUUUAGCUAAACGUCUUUUCACUGAGGACAAGGAAGAUUUGUCUUCAGAGUUGGAAGAAGGUCCAGAUCCGAAGAGACGAAAAACUUUUGAAACAAAAAUUGAAGAAAAAAUAUUUGAGAAUCUCCCAAUCACUACAGAUUUGUACCAAUCAAAUGAUUUAUUAGCUACAAGGGCAACUUUUGUAAUGGAUGGUGUGAGACAUGAACGACAACAACCAUUGCCGUUAGGUUCAGACAUUGGUUAUUCUAGUGGGGAAAACAAUUCAGUUCACGAAAUAAUAUCAAAUGCAAAAUCGCUAGGAGAGGAUUAUCGUGAACAAUACAAAGAAAAUGAUGUAGACCCACCUCUAUGGGCCGAACAAAUUGCACAAAGCAAUGAAUUAGAAAAAAGUUUUUAUCGAACAGUACCUCUAGACGAUUAUGGAAUGACUGAUUUAGAUACAGACGAGGGAGGAUUUGGGCAAGAAGGAGGGAAAUAUUUGACACAAAAAAUAUUGCAAGAUUUUGAAGAAAAAAUUGGGCAGGGAAAACUCGAAUUAACUGAUUCUUUGAUUGUGCAUGUAGAUUCGCCUGAAAAUCGGCCGCUUAAUGAAUUUGAGGAAGUAAUGGAUUUAUUUGGUAAAGACAAAAUAUUCGUUAAUUCUGGACGUCCUUUUAGUGAAGAUGAUUGUGAAAGUUUGAGUACUUUUACAGAAAAUGAGCGUGAAAGACGUAAAAUAAAUACUCGAAAACGUUCAUUUAAACCUCCAAUUUUAUUAAACAAAAAUGAAGUUAAACAAAAAAUACAAAAUAAUCGACGUCGAAAAUGUGCCUCAGAUGCUCGUUAUCGAAAUUUAUCUGCUUAUAAUGGCUUUCUUUCCAAUGAUUUUGAAUGGGAUGAUGAUGCUUUUAUUGGUUAUCAAAAUAUUUCUGUUGAUAAUUCUUUUGACAAAUUGCCGGAUAUUCUUUUGGAUGGGGAAUUUAAUGAAACUAAAAAGGUUUUUUUAAUAUACAGUCUAAUCUAA